AUGCCUAGGAGAACACAAAAUAUGAACUCCAUGAGCAGGGGUCGAGUUCGCUCCUCGAUGAAUAAGUAUAACCUAUUCAAUUUGUACAAAAAGCCCGCAAUUAAUUAUCAAGGAAAAACUUUGUAUCAACAAAAGUGGACGGCAAAGCAAGAAACAAGAGCGUAUCAUGGUGAACAUUUAACCGAGAGACGUUGGAAACAAUUAUUCAAUCCUAAUCUUGAGUCCGUAGCUCAGUUGGAUGCAUCUUUGAAGGGUGUUAAGGUUGAUCCGACCCCCAUGCCGUUGCAAUCUUUUGCAAGUUUAGAAAAAAGACUAGAGUUUGCACUUUUUAGGGCAAUGUUUUCCUCUUCUGUAAGGCAAGCUAGAGAAUUCAUCCUAGGUGGGCAUGUGCAGGUUAAUGGUGUAGUUAUCAAACAUCCAUCAUUUCCAUUGAGGGCAGGCGACGUAUUUAGUGUCGAACCCGACAAAGUACUUUUAGCAAUGGGCAGGGUGAAGCCUGGUUUGCAGCAGGCACUAAAAGUUGACAAUAAGCAAAUUGCAGUAUGGAAUAAAUAUGUGAAAUCAGCAAAAGAGAAUCCAAGGGAUGUAUGGGAGUUGAAACAAACAAAGCCAAAGUCUUUGAAUCUGUUAGAAGAAGGAGUUCAUAGAAAAGACGAAGUGAAAAAGUACAAUGACGUGCUUGAUAAACAGAUGAUAAGGGAACAGAAUGGGACAACGAGAGAGGCGGUCUUGGCCAAGAUAUUGGAACUUGGAAACGACUUUAAAGGCGAAUCUCUUUCUCCAAUUGUUUUCAAAGAGUUCGGUGAUCACAAUAGUAAUAAGUGCCUUGAUUUAUACCAAAAGUUAGUUGAGUCGAAGCACAUCUUACUUCGGAGCUCGUCUUUGAGUGACGCAAGAUCAUUCAUCUCCAGAAAAUCUACAGAGUUUGAAACUAAGGAAGAAGCGAAGCUUGCCUCUGUCAUAAAGCAAAUAUUGGGUGAAGUCGUCAAAUCAAGGCUCGAAGAAAUCCGUAUCUCAGCACAAAAUGCAAAGCUUCCGGAAUCUGCUAAAAGUAUCCCUUUGACACCCAGUUUCUUCAAAAAUUUGUCCUAUCAUCCUAAGCUAGAUAAGGAAGCUGCCCUUGAAGAUGAAUCAAAGGUAAAAGUUAGUCUCCCAUGGCAAAAAGGUUUAUUUGGCCGUGAGGACCCUUCAAAACUGUAUUUUACACCCUGGACACCUCGACCUUUUAUUGGGUGCUUCGCUAUUUUGCCCUCUCAUUUAGAAAUCUCAUUCAGCACGUGCCACGCUAUUUAUUUAAGAGAUCCUAUUGCAAGGCCGGGCCAUUCUGAGGUCAUUACUCCAUUCCCAGACCAUGUUCAUGAGAGAGCUUAUAUGUUCUACGCUAGGAAAGGUAUGUAA